AUGGAGCCGACCGAGGACCUCAUUCUGCAGGUCUGCGAGUUCACGUCUCUAGAUCCUGGAUCAGAUCGAAACUUGGUUGCUGCCGCACUAAGGGAAAAGCAUUGCAAUGUGGAAGCAGUGGUAACAGAGUUUUACAAUGACGAGGCCAAGUUCCGUAGCAGGCAUCGAUGGGACGAAGGCAUGUUCGCAGUGCCCAGAGAUGGACCUAUCGAUACUAUCCCCUCCUUCAAUAUCGAUGCUCCGAGCGACGAGCACAUCAUUCACGGCGUGUCGCCGUCGCAUGUGGAACAGCUGCCCCCGUCUCGCCCACCCUCGAGAACCCAUUCGCCGCUGGGUAGACCGGCGGAUUCGAACGACCAGGUCUCGGGCGGCAUGCCCAGCAUACGGGAGCAGGAAGAUGUUGAGUUGCAACGGGCUUUGGCCGAAUCGGCGGCCACCGGGCUGGCCAACGGCGACGCCACUCUUCCCUACUUUGGGCCUGCCAACCGCUCUGAAUAUGACCAGGCGCAGUGGGCAAUGGUACCUCUGAACAGCGAGUCACCAGAGCCGGGGGCUUCUGGUAGGAAGCGAGUGGAGGGCGUCCCGGCCUUCCUACGCUGCCGGCAGGUCGGUGACAGCAGGCACCGUCUCGGCGGCCUGUUGACCGUCUUUCAUGAGAUACCCGUGGCACGUAAUGCUCUCCUCUCUUCUGGUGCGCCUGCCGACACGUAUGGACAUGACUCGGACUGGUACAAGGGCACCAGAAUCGAACUCCCCGGACAGUUGUCGCAGCCGGACAACCCUUGGCUUGAUGUUCGACCCGAGUUCUCGCAAGAGCUGCAUCGCCUCAUGGCCUUCCUGGACCUGACAGAUCGGAGCUAUGGCACAGCAGACGUCUUGAUCGACAUUAGGCGUGCCCAAGCCUGGGGCAACGACUUUGACAGGGACUUUUUUGACGCGCUAAAGCAAGCGAAUAUAGAUGAGAACGGCGGUCUGAAAGAAGAGAUUGUCCCACUGUUCACCGGGGUCGAGGAUCUGACAGUCCCCGAAGACCAGCGUGAGAUGGAGGCCGCAGCGCUAUUCGAUGUCAGGAUUCCCGAGUGGCAGCUGGGCCAGCCGCUGAGCCUUUACAAUUUGAUGGACCAGAUGAUAUGGGGUAGCAUGGUUCCUUCGGAUGAAGAACGCAUGGGGCAAUCGAGGCGGGCGGCUCUCAGCGUGCCAGGAGCGGUCGUGACCAUGCGCUUCACCCUCGAGGAACAGACUUCCUUCGCCAGCUUUGAGAUCCCGGAACUCUGGUACGCAGACAGGUACCUCAAGGAUAACAACGAUCGGGUAUCCGAUUUGCGACGUCAGAUAGGCCAGGUCUACGAGACGCUCAACAAGGCCGCCAUAGCAAAGGAGAGGAUCACCAAGUGGUGCCAGCCGAGCACGGGGAAGUGGGUGGAUAGGUGCCAGCUGAGCGAGGCUUGCAUUCGAAUGCACCAGGGCAAGAUCACUCGCAUGAGGGCGGACGCGCUGUGGCGCAGACACGAGGAGCUGAAAGAUACCGACCAGGCCUUUGAGUAUCGCCCUGGGGUCGUGGAUCACCUCAUCGAGCUCACCGACGAGGAAGAGAGAUUCGCCGCGCAUCAUGAAGCAUGUGCAACGAUUCACGAGAGGAAGAUAGCCGGGAUCAACAAGAAGCUCAAAGUUUUGGAACGCGAACAAAAGACAUGCGAGGAGCUCCUUCACGAGCUAAGCUCGCGCUACACAGUGCCUUCGAACGAGUUAGACUGGCACCCGACGCAGGUGUACUACCUCCAGGGUGUCGUGAUCAACCCCGACACGGUCUACGUCCAUCAGCAUGUUGAGCCGGAUCUUAUCGAGCUCGAAGAUACCACGGCUCCGGAGGACAAGUGGUGGCUCCUCGGCUACCUCCCGAGCGAGGAGAACCCUGUCAAAGCCGAAGUCACUACGUUCGAGGCCGUUCAGCGGCACUUCACCUCAUGCUCGCGAGAGGACACGCCGAUAUGCGUCUAUGCCGACGCUCGCGCCCUCGCAGCACAGCGCCUACCGCUCACGGAGGCUCAGCGCACUUUUGUACGCUUCGACAACCGCCUCUUUAAGCAGGAGCUCCUCGAAGAAGUCCCUUCUUCAGCGACGGCAGCACGCGAGGCGCGUAAGCGUGCGUCGAUCGGCACUCCAGCCUCGCCCCCUAAGCGGCUGCAGCGUUCGGGGAGUGACGACUCGAUGGCGACAAACCGGGCCUCUGUGGGUGGUGAUCUCAGCGACCGCGACGAGUUGGAGACGGCGGCCGCUGCUGGAGGUGCGGACGACUUAAUUUUCUCGGACUUUGUGCACCAUAACAGCAACGACGACGACGGCGGCUCGGCCAUGUUGCUAGACAUAUCUGUUUCUGGUCCAGCCAGCGGUGGCGGCAGCAAGUACCCGGCGGCCCUCGAGGCGCCCAAUGGGGUCAGGCAGAACGGGGCGGGCGUCGAGCCGAGGGCUACAGAGAUGGUGGAGCUUCCUAUCCGGCACAACAGCAGCAGCGGCGACGAGAAGGACACCAGUAACAAGCCAGCACGGAACGAAGUCGUCGGGGAGGCCAACAGUAACAACAACAGCAGGCCUGCUGCUGCGGCUGCGGCGAGAAGCGAGCGAGCGAAGACGGCAUCUUUCAUUGCUGACUGGGACAACCCGGAGGGCAAGCUCGUCGAGACGGAGUGGUGA